UGAUCUCCCGCGCGCCGCAUGCCGGGAUUACACCAACCAUGCGGGAAAAAACAUGGCUCCCAUUUUGAAUUGAAAAUCACGUUAAACUUAUAAAACAAGGGAAUCUGGGCUGGAAUUUCAUGGCCCAGAGCGCCAAUUCGCGCGUAGAACUAGAAAACCAUGACUGUAGAAUAUCCUUCUUCUAUGAAAAAGGUUACACAAGAAAAUGAGGCCAUCCACCAGGUAUGUGAGAUAACUGGAGUCUCAAUCGAGGAAGCACAGAAUGCUUUUGCUGCUGGCAAUUACAACGUUGAUGAAGCAAUCUCCAUUCUCACCCAGUCCAACCUUAAGAGUAGCACCACUCAUCACGUUGUCAAGAAAACUCCAGUUGAGCAAGAAGAAGUGAUUGACUUGACAAAAGAUAAGGAUGAUCGGGAUGAUGACCUGGAGAAGGCCAUUGCAUUAAGUUUACAGGAAUCCCAGGCUGGACAGCCACAGGGAAUCACUGCUGAAGAACAAGAUAUCAGUAGGGUGCUGGAAGCCAGCUUGAUUGAGAAUAAGCCGGGUCAGAAGAGGAAGCGAGGAGAUCCAUGGAUGAUGUUUGUGGAUCCUGUCAAUCCCUAUGACAGGAAGAGGGUGGAGGGCACUCCUGUUGGGUUCAAGAAUGUCGGCAACACUUGCUGGUUUAGUGCUGUCAUACAGGCCUUGUUCCAUUUGCCAGUAUUUAGAAAAUUGGUAUUGGGCUAUCAGCCUCCAUCAGCAAAUGAGCAGAAGUCAAAGGAUGCCCAUCAAUUGCUGUUUAUGCUUGAGCUGAGAAAGCUGUUUGCUCUCCUUGUGGCGAGCAAAAGGAAAUAUGUCGACCCCAUCAAGGCAAUAGAGAUUUUAAAGGAGGCGUUACAGUACAAUGGAAGUGAAAGUAACCCUGGUAACCAACAGGAUGUUAGUGAGUUCACCCAUAAGCUGUUAGAAUGGCUUGAAGACACCUUUAAUACAGAAUCCAAGGAAGAGGAGAAAAGCCAAGCCGAUAGCUCAUCUUCCAACCCUGUAGUAGAACUAUUCUUUGGCCAGUCAAAGGUGGAUGGAGUGUAUGAAGGCAAUCGCUUCUCGAAUAUCGAGACGUUUGGGGCGUGCCCCCUGCAGGUGCAAGGCUACUCCAACUUGCAUGACAGUCUAGAGGGUGGCAUGGCCGCCAGAGAAAUAGAGCCUGCAAACCACGGCGACACCCAAAAUUCAGGCCAAGAGCAUUGGUUCACAAGAUUACCACUGGUUCUGACCUUCAUGCUUUCUCGCUUCCUGUUCAACCAGUCCAUCGGCAGGGCAGAAAAAAUUCAUGAGAAAUUUUUAUUUGAUAAAUGUAUUUACAUGGAUAGAUAUAUGGAGCGUAACAAGGAACUCUCUAGAAGACGAAGAGAAGAAGUAAAGACCCUCAAGGAACGACAUCAACUCUUGAAGUCCAGUCUAGAUAGAUAUACAAAUUAUGGAUCUGGAGCAAAGCGAUCCCCUAUACAAGACAUCCUUGAUAGUGCUCUCAACUUUGUCCGAAGCACCCCUCCCUCGGACAGUACAGAUGUAGAGAUGCAUACUCCUAUACCGGGGUCUCCGGUCACCUUUGGUGCAACCUCUGCUGGCCCCUCCACCCUGUUCGAUACCCGGACACCCUCCCUCCAUCCUGCGCCUCGAUAUGUGACAGAGUCGGAGCUAGAGACGAUAGCGACCGCGCUCAGACGCUGGAGGACAGAGGUUGAACAAGAUGUUUUAGAUAUCUCAACAAGUUUGAAAGAGGUUGAAGAGGCUAUUUCUGUUAUGUAUAAUGAUGAAGAAAUGAAAACGAUACCUUACCGCCUAUAUGCCGUGCUUGUCCACGAGGGGCAAGCUAAUGGUGGCCACUACUGGGCCUACAUUAACGACCCACUGGACAGACGGUGGCGGAAGUUCAAUGACAUCACCGUAAGCGAGGUCACAUGGGAGGAAGUGGAGCGUGAAUCCCUAGGGGGGUACCGUAAUGUCAGUGCCUACUGUCUGCUGUACUGUGAUGCACGGCGGGAAGAGGUGAUACGAGCCGGCAAUACGCCAGAAGUGCUGUCAGCAGAGUUGCAACAAAUGGUUAACGAGGAUAAUGCUAGUUUUGAGCAGGAACUGAGGGACUGGGACGAGAAGCAGGCAAAAGCUGCGAAAGAAGCCAAGUCCCAGGCUCUAGUUGUCGCACGGCCGGACCUGGUGCUAGACGCCGAGGCAUCAUGUGCUGUGAGCCCUCGUGCCCACUCUCCCGCUGCAGCUCGUUCAGAGUCGGUGUUGACUGCCAAUCUUGGUGUAUUACCGUCACUUGUCGACUCUUCUGGAAAGAAGCUCACUAUUGACGAGGCCAUAACACAGUGGUGCAUUAACGAGAAGACAAGACUGGACAAACUCGCCCGUGAGUACCCCCCAGAGUACCCAGGAGAUGUGCGCCUGGAGCAUCUUGGGAUAUACCUGAUGCGGUGCAGCGCUCCUGACUUCACUGUGGAGUGGGCCAUACUGGAGUCUGUCAUUGACGAGGUGAAGGCCAAGGACCAGAGUUUGAUGCCGUACAGAAAACGCGUACAGGAAUUCCUGGAAACAGAGAAAGGGACGGAUCGUGCGGCGGACUACAAGAGAUGGAAGGAAAUGUACAUGACUUUCAAGUUGAUCAACUCGUGUUUUCUCACUGGUCUAGAGCACUUUCACAGUCAAAAGUACAAGGAGUCGUUACCAUACCUCGUGCACGCGUACGAACUCAACAGAAAACUAAGCGACCCCACGAAUAACGCCCGCAGUAUGGACCAGCGGUUGCUUGCUCACUGUCGGAGAGUGUGUUUCUUGAAACUAAACGAGCUUGCCAUUUCCCUGUUCGAGUCGGACGAUUACAAGACGCUAUGCGAGGGACUGGACCUAGUCAGCGAACAGGUCGUACCAUGUAUUCCCCAGCUCGUUACCAGUCCCUACGCGGAGGACAGGGAGGCCGUGGAGCAUAUGAGGAACAACUGGUUUACUUACCUUGGGGGAACUGUGGACGAAAAGCGCCAGGAAAAGCUUCAAGACUUUCUCCCCAAGCUCCUAGACGGCUCGACCGACGGUAACUUUGAAGAGAUGCGACCUCCUCCAGUCAUGAGGCCCACUAACUCCAAGGACCUCUGCGAACGGUUCACCAGAGCCAUGGAAAUAGUUCAUGCAAACAUGCCCUUCGCUGCUAAGGCCUGAGUUAAAUGGACUUCUGCGAAAGGUUUGCCAGAGCCACGGAAAUAGUUCAUGCAAACAUGCCCUUCGCUGCCAGGUGCUUGAGCUAUGUCGUAUGGUGGAUUGCGGACCUUGAUGUACCUACCUGUUGAUGUACCAACCUGUUGAUGUACCAACCUGUAUAUGUACCUAAUCUGGGAAUCCGCCAUGGUUGAAUCUUCCGUAAGGGAUGUAAAGGAACCAUUGUUUAUUAUUUCUAUUUUAACCCGAAAAUAUUUUAAAGAGAACGGUUUUUUUUUGGACAGUUGUUAACCGGUAUGAUCACAUCACUGUACAUAGUUAUCGCCAUCUUUCUUUUUCUGUUUUGCGGCUGUUAGAAUAAAAGCAUCUCAGCCCAACCGUCAGGGCUCAUUUU